GCAACCAUAAUUACCACUCUUAUAUAAACGACCCCAUGUGUCUCUCUAUUGUAUCAUAGCAUAUACAUAACAUACAUAACAUAAGGUUAAAAUAUUUCAAUUUUCAUCUUAUGGCUAUAACAGCCUCUAUUCAUAAUCACCUAUCUGAAAACAAACAAACACUAGGCCAAGAAACCAUGGCUGUGUCCAAUGUUGGUGGUGGUGCUGAUUUUGACCCUAGUGCUCCUCCACCUUUUAAGAUUGCGGAAAUUAGAGCUGCAAUUCCAAAGCAUUGUUGGGUGAAGAGUACUUGGAGAUCUCUGAGCUAUGUUGUGAGGGAUGUGUUGGUUGUUGCUGCAUUGGUUGUUGCUGCAAUUCGGUUUGAUAGCUGGUUUUUUUGGCCGGUUUAUUGGCCACUUCAAGGGACUAUGUUUUGGGCAAUUUUUGUUCUUGGACAUGACUGUGGCCAUGGAAGCUUCUCAGAUAGCUAUUUUGUGAAUAGCUUGGUGGGCCAUGUUUUGCAUUCCUCAAUUCUUGUUCCAUACCAUGGAUGGAGAAUUAGCCAUAGGACACAUCAUCAAAACCAUGGGAAUGUUGAGAAGGAUGAGUCAUGGGUUCCGUUGACAGAAAAGGUUUACAAGAGUCUUGACAGCAUGACAAAGUUUGUGAGAUUCACUGUGCCUUUACCAAUGUUUGCAUACCCAAUUUAUUUGUGGAGAAGAAGUCCUGGAAAAUCAGGUUCUCACUUUCAUCCAGAUAGCAACCUGUUCUCACCCAAUGAGAGAAAAGAAGUGACACUUUCAACAGUGUGUUGGUUUCUCAUGUUUUCUUUUCUUCUUUAUUUGUCCUUCACAACUGGUCCUAUUCUAAUUCUCAAGCUCUAUGGAGUUCCCUAUUGGAUAUUUGUCAUGUGGUUGGAUUUUGUCACUUACUUGCAUCACCAUGGUUACACACAGAAAUUACCAUGGUACCGUGGCCAGGAAUGGAGUUAUCUAAGAGGUGGCCUUACAACCGUUGAUCGUGACUAUGGUUGGAUUAAUAACAUUCAUCAUGACAUUGGCACACAUGUUGUUCAUCAUCUCUUCCCUCAAAUUCCUCAUUAUCACUUGGUUGAAGCGACAAAGGCAGCAAAACCGGUAUUUGGAAAUUAUUACCGAGAGCCAGAAAAAUCAUCACCAAUUCCAUUUCAUCUAAUAAAAUACCUAGUACAAAGCAUGAAGCAUGACCACUUUGUUAGUGACACUGGUGAAAUUCUGUUUUAUCAAACUGAUCCAGAGCUGAACAACAAUCACCAUGACUAAUUGACAGUUUCUGGUUCAAACUAAUCAAUGCUACUAUCUAUCUACAUUUUGGAGUUGUGGUUUCAUGCUAGCUGUUACACAUGACUUUUUGUCUACUUUAUAAGAGGAAUGAACCUCUCUGGCUUGUUAGAAAGAAUAAUAUUUUUACUUUUUUUUUUGGGUUAUUAGUGACAAUGAUAUACUUGUUGCUUUAAUGGGAUAACAAUAUAUUUGAAAUAAAUGAAAUAUUUGUGUAAUAAAUAUUGAAUUGUCAGUUUCAUCUGAACAAUCACAUGGGGAGUUUAAAUCAAAAUGGUGAAGUGAUUUGUUUCA